UUGCCCAGAUGAUUUAAGUUGGCGUCUUUUUGUGUUCUUUUUAAUCUGCAUUUGGCGCGUUUUUUUAUAUGUAACUACAAUUACCAAAUUAUAGUUCUGAUUGUGCAAUAUGUCCGACGACGAUUGCGAUAUAUUCAGUGCUGUCCGCAAGCGGGCUCCAGUAAUAGCUUUGCCUAAGGAUUCCUACAAUCCCGGCAACGAUUCCUUUUCCAAGGAGGUGGACUACGAUUUCAUAGAAGCCAGUCCUAAGAAAACGGGUAGGACCAGCAAAAGAAAGCCACCAGCAGCGCCCCGGGAAAAGCCGCAGACAGAUGAAGAGGGUGCUUCGCCACCAAAACAAAACAAACAAAGUCAGGCUGAAACGGAAAAGGAUGAAAAGGCGGAAAAGGAGUCCCCUGAGCGAGCCCUGUCCCCCGUGUCAAAGUUGAUCCUAGAGAUGGAGCAGAAAUGUGCCCAAGCAGGAGAUGCCCAGAAGCCGGAGCAAGCCGAAGAAAGUGUCGUAGGUCCUGUGGCCAGACGCACUCGAUCCUCGCUCAGCAAGCUGGAGAAACAGCCCCCUCCUGUUUCGGUCAAUGUGAUGGUGCCCGCCAAGAAGAAAUCCACAAAGCGAGGCAGGAAAAAGGCACCAUCACCUGCAGUGAUUGACGUGGAAGCUGCAUCCGCCUCUGUGGUCUCCUCCUUAGACAGCAUUGUGGCCAGCUACAACCUAAAGAACAGUAGACGUCAGACGAUGGCUGAAAUAGCAGCCCGCUCCAAAGUGGUGGACAGUAUUGAUCUGGUAUCGGCGGUAGCUCCGCGAGUAGAGGGCUUUGUUAGUCUGGACUCGGAAGAUGAAGCAGAAGCCCCAGCUUUUGUGGACGAGGCAAACAUCUUUGACAAUGAUAACCCCACCAUAGAAGUAGCUCUGUCUUGGGCUGGCGAAAUUCAGAUUUACAAACUGCGGCAGCACCAAAAGUUCAAGCACAUGUUCAAGGAAGUGGCAGAACGCAACGGUGUGGAUGAGAAUGACAUAUCUGUAGAUAUGUACUACAAUUUCAUAGGACCCGACGACACGCCACAUAGCAUAGGUCUCAAACCCUUUCAUACACUCAGUGGCCAUGCGACAAAGUCCAAUAAUAAUAACAAAAAGUUGACUACCAAAGACGACAACAAUCCACAAGCUCUAAGCAGUAAACCCAAACAGUUUCAAGUUAAAGUUCAAGCUGAUAAAUGGAAACAUCCUAUGGUGAUACCUAUGAAGAAAAAAGACUCAUUUAAAAUGUUAUACAUCAAGUGUGCUGAAGAGCUAAACUGCGAAGCUCGCCUCAUUAAAUUAUUUUUCGAUGGCGAACUCUUGGAUCCGAAGGAUACUCCGAAAAACCAGGAUAUGGAGGGCAAUGAACUGAUUGAUCUACAAAUUAAGUCUUAAUUUUAAGUAAGAUUGUUAAGUUCAAAAGACUGUAAAAUAUUUAUAUAUAUUGUUGCUUUGUUCGCUCAUUGCUGUGCAAGAUAGGACAUUUCAGUUAUAAUUAUGUUAACCGUUCUGUGUAUAAAUGUAUUAAGCGUAGUUAUUCUAUCUUUUGUGUAUUUAAGAGGAUCAUAUAGUUUAAGAAAGCGAUAAAUGAUUUAUAAAAUUACAAGUUUUAGCAUAAAGUAAAUUCGCGCUUCAGACUAAGAAUUUGUUCAUGUAAGAAUGUUCUAUUAAAAACUAAGUUAAAU